AGUCAAAAUAAUUUUUGUGAUGCAUUAUUCACUGUCGUCUCGUAAAUUGCUUGGUUUCCAGAUGAGAAUUAAUUUGUUCAGCUCUACCAAAUAAAGAGGUAGUGAAUGUGGUCGCGCCCAGAAACAUUUUUGGGGAACUAAGUUGUUUUACAUUUGUGAAAAGUGCUACUCCCGCCAGAUUUGCUAAUAUCCAGGCGAACGCAUGUGUUUGCAUCAAGCUAUAAUGCCGCGAUAGCCGGGCAGUUAGCUGGUGAGCUAGGUACUCAUAUACCAGACAGCGAGCUGUUUGUCAGUCAGUCAUCUGCUAUCAUUGCUGUGUUGUGGUUUCUUGAAUGCAUGUUACCAGUAAUGUAGAAUAGCGAAAAUACAUUUUGACAGUUAUAUGUCAGAUUUGGUUUAGCUAAUCAUGCGCUUUGCUGGAAUGUGAUGGCUGAUUGAACACAAUUGUCACAGGGGUGGAUUACACGCAGUAUAAGAAGACAAGAAUAACGUCAGAUUAUAGUCGAGCAUUUUAAUACCGAGCCAGUCGGUAAACAGAAUGACCAAGCCCGAGUUGAAGAGGAGCGGCAUGGCCCCGCUUACUGGCAAAUCCAGCACUGCCGCGGAUGAUCAGGUCCACAAUGGGUCAGCCGAUACGCCGGUAUCUGGCAGUUCUCAAGGCCACACACCUGGACCGUCCACGCCGACUAAAUCAAAGUCUGGCAAACAGAUCUCCCGGGAAAGCCUUUCCAGACGGACCACAGAAUGUGAAGUGUUUGACGAUGGAACCAAUACAUUUUUCUGGAGAGCACACACUGUUACCGUUCUGUUCAUUCUCACUUGCGCACUGGUCUAUGUUACGCUUUUGGAGGAGACACCGCAGGACACCGCAUACAACACUAAAAGAGGGAUUGUCGCAAGCAUCUUGGUGUUUCUCUGCUUUGGUGUUACACAAGCCAAAGAUGGCCCAUUUACCAGACCACAUCCAGCGUACUGGCGAUUCUGGCUGUGUGUCACCGUUGUCUAUGAGCUUUUCCUUAUCUUCAUUCUGUUCCAGACUCUACACGAUGGUCGUCAGUUCAUGAAGUACAUCGACCCUAAACUUGGCGUAGCCCUUCCAGAAAGGGCCUAUGGUGGGAACUGUCUCCUCUAUGACCCUGGGAACACUACCGACCCCUUCCACAAUGUCUGGGACAAGUUGGACGGCUUCGUACCUGCUCACUUCCUCGGCUGGUAUAUAAAGACGCUGAUGAUCCGAGACUGGUGGAUGUGCAUGAUCAUCAGUGUCAUGUUUGAGUUCCUAGAAUACAGCUUGGAGCACCAGUUGCCCAACUUCUCAGAGUGCUGGUGGGAUCAUUGGAUAAUGGAUGUGAUAGUGUGCAAUGGCCUGGGCAUCUACUGCGGAAUGAAGACCCUUGGUUGGCUCUCCAUGAAACCAUACCAGUGGCAAGGACUGUGGAAUAUACCAACAUACAAGGGGAAGAUCAAACGUAUAGCCUUCCAGUUUACGCCCUACAGCUGGGUGAAGUUUGAGUGGAAGCCAGCUUCCAACCUCCGCCGCUGGCUGGCUGUCCUGGGAAUCAUCUUUAUGUUCCUGCUGGCAGAACUCAACACGUUCUACUUGAAGUUUGUGCUGUGGAUGCCCCCGGAGCACUACCUGGUUCUGCUGCGGCUCGUGUUCUUCGUCAACGUGGGGGGCGUGGCCAUGAGGGAGAUCUACGACUUCAUGGAUGACCCGAAGUUCCACAAAAAGCUCGGCCAGCAGGCUUGGCUGGUGGCAGCCAUCACCGUGACGGAGUUCCUUAUUGUGGUCAAAUACGACCCGAACACCAUCACCAUGCCCAUUCCCUUCAUCGUCACCCAGUGCUGGUUCCUGGGCAUCCUCCUCAUCCUCACCUGGACGCUGUGGAGGUUCUUCAUCCGGGACAUCACGCUCCGUUACAAAGAGACCCGCCGUCGCAAACAGGAAGUCACUGGGGAGCGGGAACAGCGCCCCCAUGGCAACGGUAGCACGGCAACCGCUUCAGGUCGAAGCAAACUCAACGGCAGUUCUGAGUCUGUGCGACAAAGGAAGUCCUGAGUUUAAGGUGACGGGGAUAUUGGUCACCGUGUUGGUAGGGGAUGGGAGAAGGGACAAGGGACAGGGAAGGGACAGGGGAAAGAAAGGGGAGGUAGAACACCACAUCAACACUGCACAUGCACCCACUGAUCUGGGCGCCUUUGUAUGUGUGAGUUUGUGGAAUAGUUUUGUGCAAGUGUGUUCUUGUGCCUACCUGAACAGAGUCAUUCCAAUGCUGACUUUCUCCACUGUUAACGCUUGUCACAGAACCAAAAAAAUAAACAUAACGGCUGUAUUUUUGUUUGGGGGUGGUAGCUAACUAACUUAUACAACAGGGAUUUACCUCAUUCUUAUUAUUAUUUUAGAAACACAAGCGGGGACCUAUAGUGGGAGAUGCCUUUUGUCGGCUAGCUGAGAUAUCCCCACAUACGGCUUGGUUCUUCAUCAAAAGCUGUCAAUGUAUCUAGCAGAAGCUUGCCUAGCUAAUUAAUAAAUUGUCUUUCAAUACAUGACCUGCUGUAUUUAUAGUCAGGAAAACAGGUAUUUGGUAAAGGAGAGAAUUUUUUUGUAAAUGGUCAAGUUGCGUUUUAAUGUAUUUGAGAACUCUAUACAUGUAGAUAGGGGGAAAAGACUGCAAGUGUACACAGGUUGUUCUACUUAACUAAUAAAUGUACAAAUCUAGCAUACAUAUUUGUAGUAUGUUGCAAUGCACGUGGUAGAGAUUGAGGACAAUCUCGCUCAUACUAUGCUUGGAUCUGCUCUAAGAGAGCACCUUGAAUCACAAAUGGCAGAAAUCUGAAACAUAUUUGUCUUGGUUUUUGCAAUUCAAACAAACACAGAAGUCACACGACACCUUUAACCAGAUUUAUUGGAUCAAGUCAAACAAGUACAGGAAUAAUACAGUGAAUUACUUAGACUAAUGAUUUGAACCAUCAAUCAACAACAGACUUAUUUGGUGACAGACAGCCUUAAAAACACAUGCUCCACAUUGGCUCCGUAUUUUGAAUUUAGGUUCUUUAUUGACACUUCCAACCGAAUAAGGGAAAAAGCACAUUCCAAAGAUGACAAAAAUAGAGCAGCCUUUGCUCAGGGUUCAGUGGUGAUUGUUGCUCUGAUUUGAUCUGUGCACUCAAUCUAUUGCCGUAUCAUCUUUGUACAUCUAAGUGGGAUGGACUGUCUUUAGCUGGAGUUAAACUACUUGUCUGAAUAGUUUCAAAAAGUCUGGUUUGACCAACUCCAUGCUUAAUGUCAUAUUAUUGUGAAGGAAAUCCAACAGCUGUACAUGUUUAAAUAGAAGAAGACUUGGCAUUCAAAGGCCAAUUGUUUAAGACAUGUUUAGCUGGAUAUAAAAUAGGUAACAAACUAACUUUUGCAAUAAGCAAUAUGUUGAAGAGAAAUUAAUCACAAUUGUAUGUCUGCAUAACAGUAUAUGUUUUUCAAAUGUGUUUUAAUUGAAACUUAACCUUUGUUUUUCUCAUGCCAGAAAUGGACUUGAAACAAUUAUGACAUAUUUAUCCAAAUAACUCAAGGACAUUCUCUCCCAUUCUUAGAACUUUUAUACGCUGUUUAACUAAAGUAUCCAAGGCAGUUUCCAUUGUCCUGUUUUAUCCUUUAUUUUUGAGUCUCUCAAAGACAUGUUUGAACUUUUAUGAUUUUAGUCAUGUAGACCUUGGAGUUCAGUUAAUUGUGUUCCAAUCUGUGGGAAUGAUUUAAAUUGGAUGUGGUAAGCUUAAUUGAUUUGCUAGACCCCUUCUGAAUUCGUGAGUUGAGUCUCAGUUUGCCUAUCGAGUCCACUGAAUUGAAAAUAACCAAAACAGCAAACCAAGCCUGAGGUGUGGAGAUGUGUGCAGUUCCACUGGGAGCCUCAGGAGGGCAGCAGAUGUCUCAUCAGACUCCCCUCAUAAAAGCCAUUUUCUACUUUUGUUUGAAUAAAUGUGAAUGGAUGGUAAAUUAAAAUAUAAAAAGCUGCUGUAGCACAUGUUAUUUUAUAAUGUUUACAAUAAAAUGUAAUGAAAACCUGGAAACUUGUUUUGUGCUUUGAAUUGAUUCGAGAAUUCUAUUAUUCUAUAUUCCUACCUGUAACCCCACAAAAACACAAUAUUGACACAAUGGAAAUGUGUAUGUAAGGAUGU